GCCCCACAGCCACGCGCGCAGACCCCAUGGGUCCGGGUUCCAGGGGCAGCGGGCGAGGGCGCGUUUCCGGAGCCGGCCCCCUCGGGGCGGGGGCGGGGAGCGCCGCUCCGUCCACCUCCCCCGGGGCCGGGAAUGGCGGCGUCCGGCUCCCCGGAGCCAACUCCGAGCCCCAGCCCGAGGAAACCCGCCGAGCCCCCCGCCGCCGGCUACCUGCGGUGGGAGAGGGGAGAACCAACUUACCUCCGGACAGUCCCGUCGGCGGAGGCUGCAGGCGGGGGCAGGGGCGUCCCGGGGCCGAGCAGGUCCCGGCGCGGCGGCGGCGGCUACCGCAGUGCCCUCCGCCCCAUUGUUUCCCUUCCAAGAGGAUCCCGGCGAAGCCGAGCCCGGGAACCAGGAAGUUCCCCGGCGCGACACCUCCUGCCGCCGCUAUGGAAACGGCCCCCGCCUCCCAGGGCGGCUCGCCCGGGACCCCGCCUCCGCGCCGCCAGCCCCGCCCGCCUCACGGGCCGCCGCCAACCGUCGCCGCUGCGGCCGCGGCGGCCGCCAUCUUGGCGCGGCCCGAGCGGCCCCUUCCCGGCGGCACGUGCGCGCUGCUCCCGCGUUCUCGCCGGCCGCGGGGGCGCGCCGCCAGGGCUGCCGGGGGCGGGCGCAGCUCCCGGGAUGCGCGGCCAGAAACGGCGCCCGGGACCCCGCGACGCCGAGGGAAGGAGGAAGGGAGGGAGGGCCCGGGCGGAACUUCGGAGCGGGGACCCAGAGCCGGGCUUCGAGGCAUUGCACGAAAACGACAGGCUUCAGCAGGUGUCAAUUGACAGGUCGAGGGAUGGCUGAGACCAGGGUUGAGGUCGACAGAGCGGUGCCAGGAGCAUGGUCUCUGCAGCCAGAUUGCCUCGUGUUUGUGGCUCAACUACCCACCAGCUGUCAGACCUGGGGUAGUCUGUUUAGUUUUCUCUGUGUCUCAGUUUUUCAUCUGUAAAGUGGCAUAAUAAUACUA